CCUUCUUCAAUUUCCAUGGCAACGGCAUCAUCUCCGAUCACCGCAGCCGGCGGUCAUUCUUCACAGCCUUAUGAUCGAGCCAAAGCGGUCAAGGAGUUCGACGAAUCCAAAGUCGGAGUCAAAGGCCUCAUGGACUCCGGCAUCUCCACCAUCCCUCCUUUCUUCGUUUUCCCUCCUGACUCCCGAUGCGACCUCAAACCCCGUCCAGGAAGCGAGUCCCAAAUCCCAACCAUCGACCUCUCCGGUGUCGUCAACGUCGACUCCCCCGAUCGCCGCUCCGCCGUCGUAGACCAAAUACGCUCCGCCGCCUCCACAGUCGGCUUCUUUCAGAUCAUCAACCACGGCAUCCCCUUGGAAGUCCUCGACCGCACAAUCUCCUCCGUCAAGGCGUUCCACGAACAACCAACGGAGAUCAAGGCGCGACUGUACCACAGGGUGCCGACGACCGGCGUGAACUUCAUAUCAAACGUAGAUUUGUACAGUUCACAGGCCGCGAGCUGGAGGGACACACUGCAGGUAAAGCUGAACCCUCCCGUAGAAGACCCGAACCUGGUUCCGGAGGUGUGUAGGGCGGAGCUGAUGGAGUGGAACCGGCAGAUCGAACGGCUGGGAGAGAUGUUGAUGGGAUUGCUGAGCGAAGGUCUGGGAUUGAAGAGGGAGAGGUUGAAGGAGAUGACGUUCAACGAGGGAAGAAUGAUGGUGGGACAUUAUUACCCGAAUUGCCCUCAGCCUGAUCUCACGGUGGGGCUGAACACUCACGCGGAUCCAGGCGCGUUGACGAUUCUUCUUCAGGACCACAUCGGAGGAUUGCAAGUUAGAAACGGCGAUGACUGGAUUGAUGUGAGAUCGCCUCCUGGAGCUUUGGUUAUCAACAUCGGCGAUUUACUUCAGAUUGUUUCGAAUGAGGAAUACAAGAGUGCGCAGCACAGAGUGUUGGCGAAUUGUUCGAAGGAGCCACGCGUGUCGGUGGCAGUCUUCCUGAACCCAGGUGCCAGAGAGGAUGUCUAUGGGCCACUGCCAGAGCUCACAUCUGAGGAGAAUCCCCCCAAGUAUAGGAACUUCACGUUGAACGAGUUCCUGGCAAGGUUCUUCAAGAAGGAGCUGGAUGGCAAAUCUCUCACUAAUUUCUUUAGGAUCUGAAUCAUUUCUACACAUUCACUGCUUUUUUGAAUCCAAAAGUGUUGUAUAUUGCAUAAAUUGUUCGUGAUUUAAUAUAUAUAAUCUAACUUUUUAUGUUCCUA